AUUUUAGACGGUAAAUACUGAUUAACAGUGAACGAACUCACAUCGUUAACCAAAAUGCCUAUCAUAAAAAGGGCUAUUAUAUCCAGUUCGGUGAUUUUGUACCACUAUCGAAAAUAUCCAGUAUUUUGUCAAGUAAAUCAAUCACAGAAGAAACUAACUUGCUACGAUCUAGUUGUAGUCGGUGGUGGUAUUGUGGGUGUUGCUACUGCAAGAGAACUGAAAGAAAGACAUCUAAAGUGGAAAAUAGCAAUUGUCGAGAAAGAGACUAAACUGGCUGUUCAUCAAAGUGGUCACAACAGCGGAGUGAUUCAUGCUGGUAUCUACUAUAAACCGGGGUCAUUAAAAGCGAAGUUAUGCGUGGAAGGAAUGAAGCUAAUGUAUGAGUACCUGGAUACGAAGAACAUUCCUUACAAGAGAUGCGGGAAGCUAAUUGUAGCAACAGAUGAGACAGAAGUGGAACAACUGAAUGAAUUACAUAGCAGAGGUCUGGAGAACAAAGUUCCUGACCUCGUUUUAGUUGGUAGAGAGGAAAUAGGCAAGAUUGCACCUGGCUGUCGAGCAGUGAAAGCAAUAUGGUCGCCUCACACUGGAAUUGUGGACUACAAACUAGUUACUGAAUCGUACGCAGAAGAUUUCACGAAGGCCGGGGGUGAAAUACACUUGAAAUUUGAAUUGAAUCGAAUUAGCGAAAAAGAAGCUGGAGCCAGCGAUUAUCCAAUUAAAUUGAUUGCCAAAAAUGCAGAGAUCUCAGACAAAGAAAUCCAUGCAAAAUAUGUUCUGACAUGCGGUGGCCUAUAUUCUGAUAAAUUAGCUGAAAUGACAGGCUGUCCAGCUGCUCCAAGAAUCAUUCCAUUCCGCGGUGAGUAUUUAUUGUUGUCACCAGAGAAAAGUUCAACGAUACAAACCAACAUUUACCCGGUGCCAAACUCUAAAUUUACCUUCCUCGGAGUACAUUUUACACCGCGUAUGGACGGUAGUGUUUGGGUCGGACCGAAUUCAGUUCUCGCACUAAGACGUGAAGGAUACAGUUGGUCGGAGAUUAGUUUCAAGGAAUUAUUCGAAUAUGUACGGUAUCCCGGUUUUCUACGCUUUGCAUCUAAGUACUGGCUGUUCGGCUUAAAGGAAAUGUUCCGAUCGAGCCGAAUCAGUUUUCAACUAGAUCACAUUCAACGAUUUUAUCCCGAUAUCAAUGUAAAUGAUUUAAUCGCGGGACCAGCCGGCGUUCGGGCACAAGCGAUUCACGAAGACGGUUCGCUGGUCGAUGAUUUUGUAUUCGAAUAUGGCAAGGAGAAUGGAGCGUUGUCCAAGCGUGUACUUCAUUGUCGAAAUGCACCAUCUCCCGGUGCUACUAGUUCGUUGGCUAUUGCAAAAAUGAUUUCUGAUAAAGUUGACAUGGAUUUUCAGAUUUAGUGGUUGGAUCUGUUCAAUUUUCGUGUAAAACAAAAUUCUUAGCCUUGACGUAAUUUGAACACUUUUCCUAGACUUUAUGGAUGUGGUGAC